AUGGCGUCCGGACGAAAGGAUUUUCUGAGCCAGGCAGCGCCUGAGAACUACGUCGCCGGUCUCGGUCGUGGUGCGACAGGCUUCACCACUCGCUCCGAUCUUGGCCCGGCGCGCGAAGGUCCUACACCCGAACAAAUCCAAGCUGCCCUCACCAAAAGAGCUCAACAGCUCGGAGCUGCUGCGCCCACCGCCUACGGUAACAACUCGCGCGAAAAGGGUGGCAAAGAAGAUGAAAAGGAGGAGGAAGAUGAACGAUUCCAAGAUCCCGACAACGAGGUCGGACUCUUUGCCUACGGUCAAUUCGACCAGGAAGACGAUGAAGCGGAUCGCAUCUAUCAGGAGGUAGAUGAGAAGAUGGACAGGCGCCGGAAAGCUCGCAGGGAAGCUCGAGAGAAGGCCGAAAGAGAGGAUUUCGAACGCAAGAACCCGAAGAUCCAACAACAAUUCGCGGAUCUGAAACGAACACUCGCCUCCGUGUCCGAGGAUGACUGGGCCAACCUGCCGGAAGUCGGCGAUCUCACGGGAAAGAAUCGACGAGACAAGGAGAACAGCCGACAACGAUUUUACGCCGUCCCGGACAGUGUUCUCGCGGGCGCAAGAGACUCAGCUCAGUACGGAACGACGAUCGCCGAAGAUGGCACACAAACUAGCGCCGAGGGCUCAACGACAGAAGGCACCAUGACGAAUUUUGCAGACAUUGGUGCUGCGCGUGAUAAAGUCCUCCAGGUCAGGCUGGAUCAGGCUGCCUCAGGUGAAGCAACAUCGGGAAGCGCUACGAGCAUCGAUCCCACCGGUUACCUGACCAGCUUGGAAAGCUCUGUGAAACAGACUAAGACCGGCGAGAACGACGUGGGCGACAUUAAGCGAGUCCAGGUCCUGUUGGCGUCUGUCACCAAGACCAAUCCUAAACAUGCACCCGGCUGGAUUGCCCUUGCACGCAUUGAAGAGCUUGCUGGUCGCCUUGUCGCUGCCAGGGCUGCUAUGGCCAAAGGAUGUGAGCUUUGCCCCAAGAGUGAAGACGCAUGGAUGGAGAAUAUUCGUCUCAACGAGGGCCACAACGCCAAGGUCGUUGCAGCAAACGCCAUUAAGAACAACGAUCGAUCUACGAAACUCUGGAUUGCGGCUAUGCGAUUAGAAAACGAUCGAAAAUCCAAAAAGAACGUGUUAAGACAAGCCUUGUUGCACGUUCCCCAAUCCGUCCAAAUAUGGAAAGAGGCUGUGAACUUGGAAGAGGACCCUGCCGACGCCCGUCUAUUGCUGGCUAAGGCUGUUGAAAUGAUCCCCCUGUCAGUCGAGUUGUGGAUUGCCCUGGCUCGUCUCGAGACCCCUGAAAACGCACAAAAGGUAUUGAACGCUGCUCGCAAAGCCAUUCCCACCAGCUAUGAAAUCUGGAUCGGAGCAGCUCGACUGCAGGAGCAGAUGGGUACCUUUGAGAAGGUCAAUGUCAUGAAGCGCGCUAUUCAGUCAUUGGUUCGUGAAAAUGCCAUGUUGACACGAGAGGAAUGGAUCACGCAAGCCGAAAAGUGCGAAACAGACGGCUCCGUCCUUACUUGUGGUGCCAUCAUCCAAGAAACCCUUGGAUGGGGUUUGGACGAAGACGAUGAUCGAAAGGAGGUUUGGAUGGAAGACGCCAAAGCUAGCAUUGCCCGUGGAAAGUAUGAAACCGCGCGGGCCAUCUACGCUUACGCCCUCCGUGUCUUCGUCAACCGCCGGUCAAUUUGGAUCGCAGCAGCCGACCUGGAGCGCAACCACGGCACAAAAGAAGGGCUUUGGCAGGUUCUUGAGAAGGCCGUCGAAGCCUGCCCUCAAAGUGAGCAACUUUGGCUCCAGCUUGCCAAGGAGAAAUGGCAGUCCGGGGAGAUUGACGAUGCUCGACGUGUCCUUGGCCGUGCUUUCAACCAAAAUCCCAACAACGAAGAUAUUUGGCUCGCGGCCGUCAAGCUCGAAGCCGAUGCGCACCAAACCGACCAGGCUCGGGAACUCCUGGCCACCGCUCGUCGUGAAGCCGGCACUGAUCGCGUGUGGACCAAGAGCGUUGCUUAUGAGCGACAGCUUGGCAAUAUUGACGAAGCUUUGGACUUGGUCAACCAAGGUCUACAAUUAUUCCCCAAUGGCGACAAGCUAUGGAUGAUGAAGGGACAGCUAUACGAAUCACAGAACAAAAUUCCCCAGGCGCGCGAGGCAUACGGAACGGGCACCCGGGCCUGUCCCAAGUCACCCGCGUUGUGGCUGCUCGCUGCGCGACUCGAAGAAAAGGCCGGUGUGAUCGUUCGCGCCCGUUCCCUCCUAGACCGGGCUCGUCUGGCCAUUCCAAAGAACCCCGAGCUCUGGCUCGAAAGUGUACGCAUCGAACGCCGUGCCAAGAACAUGUCUCAGGCUAAGACUCUGGCUGCGCGUGCUCUGCAAGAAGUCCCCACCUCAGGUCUAUUGUGGAGCGAGAGGAUCUGGCAUCUUGAGCCACGCUCACAACGCAAGGCUCGUGGUCUGGAGGCCAUGAGGAAGUGUGAUAAUGAUCCAGUGCUGCUCAUUGCUAUUGCGCGCGUCUUCUGGGCUGAGCGUAACUUGGAAAAGACCAUGACAUGGUUCGAGAAGGCAAUCGUGUCAGACAGCGACUAUGGUGAUGGUUGGGCUUAUUACUACAAUUUCCUUAUGGAAUACGGUACCGAGGAAAAACGAGCAGACGUUGUGACGAAGUGCGUCACAGUGGAACCCAAGCAUGGUGAGGUGUGGCAGUCCAUUUCUAAGGAUCCGGCCAACACAUACAAAACCACCGAGGAGAUUCUCCACAUGGUUGCCAACCAGCUCAAAUAG